AAUGCUAUCUAGACAACGUCUCUUAUCAGUGGAGAUGCUCCGUAAUGGGGACCGUUUCAUUUUGAUUAAAAAUGUCAGCGGGAGGACAGUGUGAGGACUUUUUGGAGUUCCAGGAAAGCAUAAAACAAAUGCGAGCAUUAGACGACAAUAUAAUAUAUAUGCUAAACACAUCACUGCCAACUGAAUCUUUUAAAGGUCAGGUUAAUUCCGAAAAAGUGUGUACGAACUUAUUUAACCAGCUUCAACAAGUCCACAAGUCGCGGGAGAAAAAAAUUAAUGAUUGCAUACUUUCAUCUGCUGAAACGUUAAAAAAAUUGCGUGAGUUACGUGAAAAUAACCGCGAUGAUGUCGACAUUGAUAAGAAAUUCAAAUCGGAGCAGCGUAAGCUUCGUCUUUUACAAUCUGAAGUUAACGUGGAAGACAUUGUAAAUCAGAGGUCAUUGAAAGCCUUCAAAGAACGAUGUCGGACCUACAUUCGUACCAGUGCAACAUAGUGGAUUGUGUUAAAAUAUCUAAAAAAUAUAUUUUUUUAAUUUUUAAUAAUAAUGAAAUUUUAAUAGAUUGAUCAAGUUUUUGUUGACAAAAA